AUGCUCCCGCCAAUUGACAGCUCCGUACUCAAAAACAACCCCCAGUUCGCAAACCUCUACAAGGGCUUGACGGAGCUCAUCCUCAACGAUGAUGGCUCAACCAAGCUUCAUCCACAAAAUCCAGUGGCCCAAGAGCGCAAGGCAGAACUAAACAAACAUCGCCUUGCCGCCACCACCGAACACCUCCUCAUCCACGCCCUCUCAACCACCAGUCCCGAUCCCAUCCCCAUUUCGGCGGAACAAGAACUUCUUUUCCUCUCCCGAAACCCCCCCUCUAGACUCCGACUCCCUCUUACUAAUCCUAACCUCCCCUCCCCUUUCCCUUCUUCCUACCCUCUUACCGUACCUCGCAACCCUACUUCUACACCCCCUCUUACAAUCCCCACCCUCCCCACCAUAAUCUCCUCUCUCACCACCUCAACCCUAAACCUCCACUCCUCAAUCCUCCACUCCCGUCUCAACACAGCCGAAGCAGUCCGCGACCUCCUCUCCCAAUACUCUACGGCUUUCACCCUCCUAAUCAAGACUCUCGAAGCCAAACAUGGUCCUAUAGCGCGCAGUCUCGAAUUUAAGGCAGGCGAGACUGCCUUACUAGCGCAAAAGGUAGAGAAGGAGAGCGAACUUGCUGUGUUGGGGGUAAGAAGGGAGGUGUAUACGCCUGAAGUUAAAAGGGCAUUAAGGGAGUGUAAGGAGUGGUUGGUUGGUGAGCAGCAAGGGUUGAGAGAUAAGAUUAGAAGGGGGGAGGAGGUGCUGGGGGGGUAUGAGGGGGAAGAGAAAAGGGGAGACGCGGAAAAGGAAAAGGUGAUGAGGGAGAUUGCGAGGGUUUAUGGCGAGAUGGAGAGGGAGGUGGAUGUUGUAAGGAGGGAUUUGGAGCGGUUGGGUUUGAAAGGGGUGAGUGAUUCUGGGUAA